AAGUUCAGGGCUUGACAGCAGAAACAGGAAGUGCUAGUAGUUGGACGAACAGAGCUAAACAGCCAGUUUCAGUCAGUUCGGUCACCUCGUCAUUUAACUCCGUAGUCAGCAUGGGGCUGUUCGGCAGAACACACGAUAAACCACCAAAAGACCUGGUCCAAGAGUGGUCUUCGAAAAUCAGGAAGGAAACAAGAGUGAUUGACAGACAGAUUCGAGAUAUUCAAAGGGAAGAGGAAAAAGUUAAACGAUCCAUCAAAGAUGCAGCUAAAAAGGGCCAGAAAGAUGUGUGUGUUAUCCUUGCCAAGGAGAUGAUUCAGUCAAAACGAGCCAUCACAAAACUCUACGCUUCCAAAGCACACAUGAACUCUGUGCUGCUCAGUAUGAGGAAUCAGCUUGCUGUACUGCGUGUAGCUGGGGCUCUGGAGAAGAGCACAGAGGUCAUGAAAGCCAUGCAGAACCUUGUCAAAGUCCCCGAAAUCCAGGCCACGAUGAGAGAACUGUCAAAGGAGAUGAUGAAGGCUGGCAUCAUUGAAGAAAUGCUGGAAGACACGUUUGAGAGCAUGGAAGACGGAGAAGAGAUGGAGGAAGCAGCAGAGGCCGAAGUUGACAAGAUCCUCUUUGAGAUCACAGCAGGAGCUCUUGGCAAAGCACCAAGCAAAGUCAACGAUGCCCUGCCUGAAGUGGAGCCUGCUGGAGCCACCGCAGCCUCAGAUGAGGAGUCAGAGGAGGACAUUGAAGAGAUGCAGUCCAGAUUGGCAGCUCUGAGGAGCUAAGGUGAUCUGCUGUAUUAAUGUCAGAUUGGUCACUCCAUUAAUGACGCAGUUAGAAUUUCGGUGCAGGGUUUACACAGCUGUGCGUCUUCUGUGCUACAGACUACACUUAUUUCAUGUCAUCAUUUUGGAUUAACUUUCAUCUUUGAAAGUUUUGUUUUUUUUAAAAACAUCAUUUAGUCUCCUCAGCCAGAGGAAAAGGUGUUUUUGCUUUUUUCUUUCAUCAUCAGGGUGUAAUCAUUUGUUAAGUCUUUACUACCCAAAGUCAAAUGGAAGGUUUAAGAAAGUGUACAUAAUGUAAAGUAUGAAAAGCCUGCUGUGCCUACAGUGCUUCAUCAUAUUCUUCUCCUGUCCUUAAUGAUGGAAUGGUAAUGGAGAUACUUGGGUAAUAAUGAUCCAAACAAAUAAUUGAAAAGCGGCUGUUGGUAUUCACACACUGCACAGAGUAAAUUAUUAUUCAGCAGUAGUUUCAAUCCCGCAGUACAGCUGUUGGGUUUACCAGUGCUUGGCCUGUCUCAUUUGAAACACUAAAGGAGAUCGGUGCACAUAUCUUUUGAUUGUUUAUUUUCUGUACAGUCAAAAUGUGUCUAUUCUGUAUUUGUUCAAACACAAGAAAUACACAGAUAAAUGCACACGUACUGCCCUAA